GAGCACGCUAAGAAGCAGCUGGUCAUCGACGAGCUGGUUGCCAAGCAGACGGUGCUCCAGGACUCCUUGGCCGAGGCAGAUGCCGAAGUCAUGCGGCUGGAGGAGGAGGUCCAGCGCUUGGGCGCCGACCGAGCCCCUCCGCCCACUGCUGGCAAGCCCACGCUCCAUAAGCUGCUGCCGAAGUUCGCUGUCAACGUCCAGCAGCUUGGCGAGUUGGCCGCGGAGCUCGGCUUGGACCCCAGCCCCCAGGCGGAGCUGGAAACGGCGGCCAAAGUGCAGGUCCUCGCUGGGGAAGCUGCCAGGGACGACAUGGAGAUCGACAUCGACCUCAUGGAGUCCGCCGAGCUGCGGGAGGCGUUGGAGGCGGCAGGACUCACGCAGCCUGACGACGCCACCGACGCGGACAUGCGGGUGGCGUACAAGCGUUUCCUCGACUCCUUCACGCAUGCGGUUACGGCGCACUAG